GCGGAGCACAAUUUUCUUAAAAUCGACGCUUGAAUUAGUAUUAUCAGAUAUUCCGUCUAUAAGUCGAGUUUCCUCCGCUCCAUAGACGUUUUACUCGUUUUAAAGUUUAAUCGAGCAAGACCUUUUUGAACUUGUAUACGCCGUUUAGAUAUCAAGAAAGAAAAAUUAUAUCGAUUUGUAUACAUUACAUGUUUUCCUCUAUUUGUGAAAACACGUGCCAACUUCUCAAAAUACAACAGUGUGUGUGUUAAGCCAUGGGAGACGCCUGUAAAAGUAAAGUGUGCAACCCCCCGGCCCCUGAAGCGUCACCAGUGGUUAAAGAAAAACUAGCAGAGCUGGUUCUGGACAAUGAUAAAUUGAAAAAAUACAUCGAAAUAUUUACAGACAAUAUAAACAGAGGUUUAAAGAAGUCGACAAACCCAACUUCGAUCGUCAAAUGUUUCCCUACAUACGUACAGGAUCUUCCCAAUGGAACAGAAGAAGGAAAAUUCCUUGCUCUCGACUUGGGAGGCACGAACUUUCGUGUUCUGCUGGUCGAACUUCACGGCGACCAGUGCGAGAUGAAGUCGAAAAUCUUUGCCAUCCCUCAAUCCAUCAUGACCGGAUCGGGCGAGCAGCUCUUCGACCACAUCGCCGAGUGCCUCGCCACCUUCUGCAAAGAGGAAGGCCUCGAAGGCGAGGUGCUGCCUCUUGGGUUCACCUUCAGUUUUCCUCUCGUGCAGAAAGGUUUGACGGUGGGUGUCCUGGAGCGGUGGACGAAAGGGUUCAAGUGUUCAGGAGUGGUCGGUAACGAUGUCGUGCAAUUGUUGGAACAGGCUAUCUCCAGGCGUGGGGACACUAAAAUCGAUGUUUGCGCCAUUUUAAACGACACCACAGGAACUCUUAUGUCUUGUGCAUGGAAAAAUCACGAUUGUGCCAUUGGUCUUAUUAUUGGAACUGGCAGUAACAGUUGUUACGUGGAAAAACAAGCAAACGCAGAGUUGUUCGAUGAGCCCGACAUGGGUUCCGGUGAAGUACUGGUAAACACCGAGUGGGGUGCGUUUGGUGAUGACGGUGCCCUUGAUUUCUGCAGGACAGACUACGACAAGGAAAUCGAUAAAAACUCCAUUAACCCCGGAUAUCAAGUACAUGAAAAGAUGAUAUCAGGAAUGUACAUGGGCGAGCUAGUAAGACUGGUAAUAGUAAAAUUAAUAGAGGACGGCGUGUUGUUUGGCGGCAAGGGUUCCGAUCUCAUAAACGAACGCGACCGAUUCUACACGAAGUACGUGUCGGAGAUCGAAAGCGACGCGCCCGGCUCAUUUGAGAACGCGCGACAAAUUUGCGAGGAGCUCGGGCUGAAGCAUGCCGUCGACCAGGACUACGUCAACCUGAGGUACUGCUGCGAGGUGGUGUCGAGGCGGUCUGCGCAUCUCGUGUCGGCCGGUCUGGUCACGUUGCUCCACAAAAUGGGCAAACCCGUCGUUACCGUUGGAAUCGACGGUUCGGUCUACCGUUUCCAUCCCACUGUGCACGACGUCAUGAUGGAAAAAAUGACAGAACUAUGUGAUCCAAGUAUUAAAUUUAACUUGAUGUUAUCCGAAGACGGUAGUGGUAGAGGGGCUGCGUUAGUAGCAGCGGUGGCCGCGAGAAAGAAGGACAACUCUGCACCAGCCCCAGCAGCGGCGCCACCAUCCGCAGAAGAGGCGCCAGCUGAAGGAUAACCAGUAAUCAAUUAUAAUUAAAAACUAAUUUAAUAAAUAGAAAUUUUAAUUGAUAAUAACUAAAAGCUUGUCCUGAUUAUAACUUUAGUAAUUUAAAUUUGUUUUUUUGGGUUCCUAUAGUGUUUAUUUUAGACACAUUAAGGAUGGCUCUGAGCGAGUCAUGUUGUGCUGUUUAAGGAUGUUCUAUUGUAAUGUUCGAUUUUUCUACAUAAUUAUCCUUUAAAUAGAAGCCAUGGAAUAUAUUGCUAAAAUAUUUUAUUGUUUUUCCAAAAAAAGUCAUGUUUAUAAAAUUCUAUUUUAACAAUAUAUUGCAUUUAUAUGAAUAAUGGCAAUUUAUAUGCAUGUUGUUAAAUAUUAUUAUAAAUAAUAUUGUUUAAUAAAAAUAACUUCUGGUUAUGUUAUAUCUGGCCAUAUUUAUUUUAACUAAAUAAUUUAUUUGUUUUUAUCAUUAUUUAUGAAAAUUUAUGUUAAAUUUAUUUUAUUUGAAUUCUAGAUUAUUGCCUUAUUUGUAAAAAUAUUCUUUUUUAGUUUGGAUUAAGUGAGGACAAUACUUUCUUGAAAAAAUUCAGACAACUGCCAUAAAAAACACAAAUUUUAUCACCACAUAAAAAACAUUGUGAUUGAAAAAUUGUUGAUAUCUUGUAUAAUUGUUUUCUCUAAUUUUUGUACAUAUGUAUGUAGUUUUUAUUUUUUAUCACCAUAUUGAGUUUUAAAUACUUAAAUGACAUUGUUUUCUUAUACAAGGCAAUGGUUAUAUAGUACAUAUUUUAUGAUGUCAAAUAAAUUGUGUUAA